AUGAGUUCUCGGGUAACUAGAUCUCGGGCGAGGUCUGAAACUCCCCAAACUGUGCUACCUGACUUUUUCAAGGUAUGUUCAAGAUAUUUAUGAAACACUAAUAUAUUGAAUUGUUUUCAGACAACCAGGAAACCAGAAAGAACCAGGGGAGAGAAAAAAAUAAUUGAGGAAGAUGGCACUCAACAGACUAUUUCGAAGAAGACAUUGAAAGCUGUUGAGGUGAAAACAAAGCAGGGAACGUCUGCAAAAUCAGAUGGCCCUAUUGCUUCGUUGUUCGAGAAGAAGGUUGAUUGCUCGCUUAGUCAGGUUAUCAUAAAUUGUAUUUUCCAGGCGUCUCGUUCUCGUGCACGGACACCUUCUCGUCAAGCCGAAUUAUCGACUCCGGAAGUGACUGGAACACCGCCGAAAAGGUCGAAAGAAGUUGUCUUUCCAGAAGAAGAGCCUGUCAUUCCUGUCGAAAAUGACGUCAUUCUCGAGCAACCAAACACGGAAAAGUCGUCGAUCGAGAUGCUAAUGGAAGCUAAUGGAGAUCAGAAAAAGACGAAAACGAUCCGGAGCGUGGCCGAUUUGCAAGCCAGACUCGCUGCAAAGGGAGCGGCCAAAGCAAUCCAUGAGCAAAACUUGAAAAAUAAAGCAAAGCAAGUUCGCGAGCACGCAGAAGCUUUGAAAUCUCCGAAGAAGAAAGUGGUUGACAUCAUUUCUCCAGUGAAGCCAAAGGCCGCCCGUUCAUUGUUCUCGCCAAAGAAGUCCGUUCCUGAGUACGUAUUUCCCAGAUACAAUGCGCAAAAAUCUGCGGAAAAGGUUCGUGAAGAGCAAGACGACGCCCACGAAGAGGAAGGAAAGAGAAUUGCUGCCGAAUAUCGCAAACCGUCCAAGUUGAUCGAGGAAGUGCAGGAGAAAGUCCGAAAUCGAAUCGACCUGCCUGUUUCCUAUGAAAAACUUGUUGACGCCUUCAAACAUUUUGAUCAGGUAAGAGCCUUAUAUCCCACGAAGUCUCGAGUCCGUUCUGUCCAUUUCAGAUAACCGCUAUUCUUCUGAAUCAGAAUAGAAGAUGUAUCGCCACUGAACUGUUCAAGAAUACGUCUGGAAGAAGUUUUAACGAAGUGCAUCUCUCGCAGAUUCUGCAUGUUUAUCCUGAAGCGUUCCAAGUGGAAUUCCGUGAAAAACCGAAGUCAUUUGGACAGGGAGGAAAGUACGAACUGGAAGUGAUUCCGAAUCUUGUUGAUGGUGACUAAUACAUGUCAUGAAAUCGAUUAUGUAUUUCUCAAUUCAGACCUGAGAGGAUUUAUCAAAGAAAGUGCACAUUCCGAAGACCGAGAAGAACUUCCGCUGGUCCUCCCUUGCAAGCUUUUGUCUCCUAUAAAAAGCCCACGAAAGCCAGUCCAAGCCGCUCCAAGAAAGCCAGAGUUAGAUGAGAAAAAACGACUGGAUCCGGCAAGACAGCGAGAUCGCGCCCAUGUUCUGAGAUACAAAUUGACGAACAUUGUUAUGGAGUAUCAUUCGAACUUCCUGGCAGAACAAGGAUGUAAGUUUUUUAUUCCGCGCACAAUCAUUGUUGAUUUGACGUAUUUUAUAGAUCCUGCAAUGCCUAAUCACAAGAGAAUGCAUCCGUUGUUCAGUCUGAAAGAACACUGCCCUCCGGUCCCCCAGAAAAAACUUCCAGAAGCACCGAACGCUCAUUUGAGAUGUGCGGAGCACAUUGGAAUGAAAGAGGCACUGGAAAGGUAUUCUGAAGUGGCCACAGUCAGCCUUCCGUCUUCGUUCCGAAAAGCUCAUGCCGAUCUAAAGAGCCCAAACAAGGCAAUUAUGACCGGGGCGGCAGGGAAUGUUCCGAUAUCUCCGAAGAAGUUUUCCGAAAUGAAGAAAGAGCAAGAGAGUAAAGGAGGAAUGACGCUUCUCGAGAGGAUCCGAGCAAGAGAAGCGAAGCAGAAGGCGGCGGAAGCAGGAGUUGACAAGGAAUUGGAGAAGAGAAAGAUGCGCUUGGAUCUUCUGAAAGAUAGAUUCGUCCGGAUUGUGUGCAACCACUUUACGGCGAAACUUGCGCAGACAAUGGAAAUGGAAGUUGUCGCAAAGUUUGUGAAGUUCAGUUCACAGAACACAUCCACGACUGCAGACAUUAUUGACCAUCUGAGACUAAUGUGUGAAGUUGCUCCGUUGUACGCUAAGGAGGUCCUUUUGAUGGGCAAAAAGUAAGCAUUUCGAUAGAUAGUGUAAAAAUCUAUUAUUUAUCCUCUCAGAUAUCUUCGUUUCGUCGAAAAUGAUAUGGAAGCGAUCAACGAGCUAGUCACCGAAGAAAUUCAAAGAGUGGAGCACGUGCUCAAAGAGCAGACAAACGCCCAAUACGCGAAGUUGAACAGUCCGAGACCGUCCAAGGCGGCGAGAGCUCUCAAAUUCGCCUAA